AUGUUCUCAGAUUUCGACGCCCAAGCGCACUUCGCUGCCGCCGCGGACUUGGACAACUCCAACGAUGUAGAUCUCCCCUACUACUCGAAUGAUUACGCGCUCACUCCCCUGGACGACGGUUACAACAAUCCAUUCGAUACACAGUUUGAUUCAGAGCAAGUUCUUGCAUCGCAAUUCACGUUCGAGCCGGUAUCGCGUUCCCCAUCGCCAGACUGGCUAUCCAGAUCGUCUUCGACCUUGCCACUUGCUGGCUCGUCUCCACAGACGUCUUCUGUACACCCCAAUACGUCUCCUACACCGAUCUUCUCCAAUAUUCCCCCGGACGACUCUUGCGCAAUCACUCUCGUGGGCGACGCGUCUUUGAUGCAAAGUCACGCGUCCAUCUCCACAUCCACCGUCCAUGAACACAUCUGCGCCUCUGCAACAAAUAUGUCAUCGUCCUUGGGCGUGUCUGAAGGUUGGCCUCACGCCACCCACUUCCAGACGACCGCGACGACCACCUACGACUACCCGCCUCGUCAAACUGCGGCUAAUAUGUACGCGUCUGAGACACAAGCUACUACCGGCUCCCACAAGCAUCAUUCAAAUACGAGCGGCAUUCUCGAUCGCAUGGGCACAUCUGGAGCACAGCGUCCUACCACCCACUUCCAUACGACCACCUAUGCCCACACCAGUUAUCCAACGACUACCAAUGUUUUCGACGGCAUGGAAAUAACUGAAGCACGGCCUUCGACCACCCAUCCAACGAUUCAGCCCGAGCGCCCAGUUAAACAUUCGACGUCUUUGCCGAUUCAAGCUAGGGCUGUUUCCAAUCCCGCGAUCUUAGCUGUCCCUUCUCCGAUCUUAUCUCCCGCAACGAUUCCGGCAUCACAAGCGCGGGCGAUUGGUAUUCAUACGCGAGGGGAUAUCGCAAGCACAUCGUUCUUCCGUUCUACCACACGACCUAUCCCAGUUAUCAUGGUACCUAGCCGAAGAGCUCCGCUUGUCCCUGCGCCAUCUCGGUUAUGCGUGGAAUUGCGACUGGAUCCAUACAAUGCGGCUCGAUCUUAUCGCAACCCGCAGCUUUCUGCCUCCGUUCUCACUCAGAAAUCCAGUGCAAACUCCUCAAGCGGAGACUCGUCUUCGUCCUUGUCCAGUUUUAUCUCGCGCUUCAACGCCACCACCAUGGAACCCAAGCCACGGGGUCCUCGCAAACCUCUGGCAGCGGCUCCUCUCCAACAGGUGGAUUCGGCGCUCAACACCGCCGACAACCAGCGAAAUACCCGAUUGUUGGGUUAUGUGGGGUCUGUAUACUUGGGCCACUCGAUGGCGGUACAAGAGUUCUAUCCAGACGCCUCCAACCUUGCACAAUUCGAACAGUUUCUGCGUGCUGCGCAGAACUGGCUAAAUGCACGACCCUCGGACUUUCCAACCGUCUCGGAUGCCGUAUAUGAUGUAUUUUUCAGCAGCAUGCAAGACUACAUAUCUCGUUCCGUCACCCAAAUUUGGACGGGAUAUAGGACAUACAUGCAGUCGCACCUUGCCCCAAGACUAAUUGCCGAGGCCGACGUGCACGAGCUUCUCCGAGGUUACCAAGCUUUGCACAAUACGUCCAAUGGUCAUGUGGCAGAUGACAACGAGGAGGAGGAGGAGAAUUUCGAGGAUGUCGACGAGGAGGAUGGCGAGGGGGAGAUGACAGACGCAGUCCACUCUGGCGGGACAAUUCAUGUUAACCCCCAGGGUCAAGUCCUCGAGGGCGAGCCGCCUAGUGGCCUCACAAACGAGGAGGCCAAGGAGCACCGGAAGAAAUUCGUACUCCGUCAUCGACCUGAACACGGCGGUUUCACUGGACGUCAUCUUAUCUUUGCCAUCAAGACGCUGCUCAAAUACCGACUCCUUAGCCCAGUGUGCCCGGAAGCAUUCGAAGAAGUUAUACCGCUUCCGGUGAUUGCGCUCAGUGCAGUCAUGCUGAUCCACGUUCUCCAUACCAUUGUCAACCCAGCGGUGCGAUUUGAGACUUCACGCUACAAAAUGAUUUACUAUGUGAUCCUCGAGCUUCUGGAGGAGACUUGGAAUCAUCCAGUUCAUGGGCUAGCUCUACGCCGCCUCAGCGCCAAAUUGGUCAAAGCCCUCGGGAAAAGAAAACAACAAUAG